AUGGCGGAAUUUUCCGGUGACGUAGGAAUGGAGGCGACGGUUGUGACGCCGACGCCGUUGACGGUUUCCGGAUCGUUUAAAGAAGGGAAGAACUCGUCGAGGAGACGUCAGCAUUCCAUGAGGCCUAGUUUGGAUGCGGAUGAGUUCAUGAACUUACUUCACGGUUCGGAUCCAGUGAAAUUGGAGCUUAAUCGGCUUGAGAAUGAUGUUAGAGAUAAGGAUAGGGAAUUAUCAGAAGCUCAGGCGGAGAUCAAAGCGUUGAAACACACUGAACGACUGAGAGAAAAAGCCGUUGAAGAGCUUACUGAAGAAUUGUCUAAGGUUGAUGGAAAGCUGAAGUUAACAGAAAAUCUUCUAGAAAGCAAAAAUCUUGAAAUAAAGAAAAUCAAUGAUGAAAAAAAAGCAUCGAUGGCAGCUCAGUUUGCAGCUGAAGCUACUCUCCGAAGGGUCCAUGCUGCUCAGAAGGAUGAUGACAUGCCUCCUAUAGAAGCCAUUCUAGCCCCUUUAGAGGCUGAACUCAAGCUUGCUCGGCAAGAGAUUGCUAAACUUCAAGAUGAUAACAGAGCCUUAGAUCGUCUUACGAAAUCUAAAGAAGCAGCUCUUCUUGAAGCUGAAAGGACCGUUCAGGUUGCCUUGGCUAAGGCCUCCAUGGUGGAUGAUCUCCAAAAUAAAAAUCAAGAGCUAAUGAAACAGAUUGAGAUUUGCCAGGAAGAAAACAAAAUUUUGGACAAAAUGCUUAGACUAAAGGUGGCAGAGGUUGAAAAGCUGACACAAACUGUGAGAGAACUAGAAGAGGCUGUCCUUGCAGGGGGUGCAGCUGCAAAUGCUGUGAGAGAUUAUCAACGAAAAUUUCAAGAAAUGAAUGAAGAGAGAAAGACUCUCGAUCGGGAGUUGGCUCGUGCCAAGGUAACAGCUAACAGAGUAGCUACAGUAGUGGCAAAUGAAUGGAAAGAUGCUAAUGACAAAGUGAUGCCUGUCAAACAAUGGCUUGAAGAGCGACGAUUCUUACAGGGAGAGAUGCAGCAACUUCGGGAAAAGCUUGCUACAGCUGACCGCACUGCAAAGUAUGAAGCACAGUUAAAAGAAAAAUAUCAAUUACGGCUUAAAGUGCUACAAGAGAGUUUGAGAGAAACUUCUAACAGUAUUAAUCGCGGCACUUCAGAGGGAAAAUGUGUUAGCAAUGGGCCUUCUACUAGCAAUGGGCCUUCCCGACGACUAUCUCUUGGUGGAGCUGAUAAUGUAUCCAAACUGAAUUCUAAUGGGUUUUUGACUAAGAGAACAUCAUCCUUUCAAAUAAGGUCCUCUGUGUCCUCCAGCACAAUUUUGAAGAACGCUAAAGGUGCAUCUAAGUCUUUUGAUGGUGGUUCUAGGUCGCUAGAAAGGAGUAAAAUUCUUCUAAAUGGAAAGCCUCCAAGUUCAUCGUUUAACCAGUCUUCUGAAAGAACCAAAGACAAGGAGGAAAACAAUAAUUGGAAAGGAAGUUUGGAUGAUAAGCCUAAUGACUUCCCAUUAGUAGAUGCAGAGGAUACCGUUCCAGGAGUUUUGUAUGAUUUUCUGCAGAAAGAGGUCAUAGUGUUGAGGAAAGCUGGUAAUGAAAAAGAUCAAAUCCUAAAAGAUAAAGACGAUGCCAUUGAGAUGCUAGCAAAGAAAGUGGAUACAUUAACCAAAGCUAUGGAAGUUGAGGCCAAGAAGAUGCGAAGGGAAGUAGCUGUCAUGGAGAAGGAGGUAGCUGCAAUGCGCGUGGACAAAGAACAAGAGACAAAAGCCAAACGUUUCAGCAAUGUGAAGAGCUCUAUGAACAGUGCUCAGCAACAGCUUGUUUCUGGGAGAAACAUGACACGAGGAGGAUUAACACGCAGCACCCAGUGA